AAGUUCUGAGAACGUAACAUUGAUUCUUUAUUCAAAACUAGUAUACUAUGAAAAGGGACCCCCAAAUUCAUCGAUCAGAACUGAAAGCGUCACUAAAAAGUCGAUAUUAAACAUAUUUGUCAACACUUACGGCAACGCUGCGAGAUAUCGGUAA